AUGCCACGUCGUAACUCCCAAAGUCCUUCAAUCCCUGUGAUUGCUGCAAUCGAUAUAGGAACCACAUCCGCACGAGCUAUUCUCUUCACUAGAGAGGGCCAAGAGCUAGCCAAGCACCAGAUUGAAUACUCAACAACUGCAUCUGAAGGUGGUGAUGGCUCAGAGGAACAAUUCAGAAGACGAUCCUCCUUGUUAAAACAGAAUGAUCCAAUCUUCUCGGCCGAAGGUAUUGCCAUUUCCAUCACUGACCAUGUUGAAAUUGAAAACAAUUUAUCGUCAUUAGGUCCUACUUUAAAGUUUCCCCAGCCUGGUUGGGUGGAUUGUAUGCCUGUGCAUAUCUUGGCAAAUGCAGUUCAAUGUUUGGUGGCGUGUUUGAUUUCAUUGGCCAAGGUUAACGAGAAUCCGGAAUUGUCAAUAAAAUACAAGGUUAAGGCAAUUGGUGUCACCAACAUGAGAGAAACUAUGAUGGUAUGGUCGAGAAAGACGGGUAAACCUUUGAGUCCCGGGAUUGUUUGGACCGAUACUAGAACAGCUGACAUUAUUCACCAUUUGGAAAAAAUGACUGAUGACGAAACCAAACGUAGAUUGAGAGAAAAAACUGGGUUACCAUUGUCUACUUACUUCUCGGCUGGUAAGUUAAGAUGGCUAUUGGACAAUGAUAGUGCCGUAAGAGAAGAGUAUGAAAAGGGGGAAGGAAAUAUAAUGUUUGGUACGGUUGACACCUGGUUGAUUUAUCAUUUGACCAAGGAAAAAUCCUUUGUUACCGAUAUUUCCAACGCGUCAAGAACAUACUUUAUGGAUUUGGAAACUCAGGAUUAUGAUGACGAAUUAUUGGAGUUUUGGGGAAUAGAUCCAAAUUUAAUCAAAUUACCAAAAAUUGUAUCAUCCUCGGAAAUUUAUGGAUCAUUCAAUGCUCCUGACUUAUCCAAAUUAGGUUUCCACAACAAAAUCACUCAAGAAGCAUAUGAUAUUAUGAAAACCAUAAGAGAUGUACCCAUCUGUGGUUGUUUAGGUGAUCAGUCAAGUUCUCUUGUUGGGCAAUUAGCAUUCGAACCAGGUUCAGCAAAGUGUACUUAUGGUACCGGUAGCUUCUUAUUGUACAACACCGGUACUCGUAAGUUGAUCAGCAAAGAAGGGGCAUUGACCACAUUCAGUUACUGGUUCCCUAAUUUGAAAGGUGAUCAUGGGAAACCCCACUACGCCUUGGAAGGUUCCAUUGCCGUAGCUGGGUCAGUAGUUCAGUGGUUAAGAGAUAACUUAAAGAUGAUUGAAAGGGCGACUGAUAUCGGGCCAUUAGCUUCACAAGCGGAAGAUUCUGGUGGAGUGCUGUUUGUUCCCGCAUUCUCGGGGUUAUUUGCUCCUUAUUGGGACCGUGGUGCUCGAGGUUCCAUAUUUGGUAUAACUCAAUAUACUACAGCGGCACAUAUAGCCCAUGCCGCUUUAGAAGGGGUUUGUUUCCAAGUUCGGGCAAUUUUAAAAGCAAUGGCUACUGAUGCUGGUGGAUCAGAAGAUUUCUUGGAAGAAGCAUUGAUGUCGCAGAAGGAAGAUCAACCAUUGUCGACAUUGACUACCGAUGGUGGUAUGUCUAAAGCUGAUGAAGUCUUACAAAUCCAGGCGGACGUUUUGGGACCGUGUGUCACGGUUAAACGAGCUUCACAUUCUGAAUGUACUGCCUUAGGGGCAGCAAUUGCUGCUGGGUUGGCAUUUGAAGAUGAAGAAAAGCGUAUUUGGAAAGACCUUGAUGAUGUCGUGGCCAGUAUUGGUGGUGAAUCUGACCCUAAGAACAUUUUCCAUGCCAAAUUGUCCGACACAGAAAGAAGAAAGAAUUUUAGGAGAUGGAAUAAGGCUAUUGAAAGAUGUAAAGGUUGGUUAGAUGAUUUAGAUUGA